AUGAGAUUCGAGAGAAGCGCCGGCGACAACCACAAACCAAGCCUCAAAAUCCAUCUCCGACGACGAUCAAAACCCCCGAGAUGCUUCCCGAUCGAAGCUCCGCGCCUUCUUCCCGACAUCGCCUUCCCGAGACUGUCAUCUCUCCAUUGUCCGAUGGAGAUUAGCAGUCAGACGUGGAAAGUUCGGAAAGAGAGCGCGGUCCGCCGUCGGAGUUCGGACCCCGUCCGAUCGCCGUCGUCGGACCACGUACGAAAGUCAGUGUCGGACCACGUCCGAAAGUGA